AUGUCCGCUUCCUUAAGAGAGACAUUUGCAAGAUGCAAAAAGGAGGGCAGAAACGCCCUCGUCAACUUUAUCACAGCCGGCUACCCUACUAUCGAAGACACAGUUCCCAUCAUGCUUGGCAUGCAGGAAGGUGGUGUCGACAUCAUCGAGUUGGGUGUUCCCUUCUCCGACCCGAUCGCCGACGGCCCUACUAUCCAGGUGGCCAAUAACGUUGCCAUAGACAACGGUGUCACUGUUGUCAAAUGCUUGGAGUUGGUGGCGCAGGCCAGAGAAGCUGGUGUUUCUGUUCCCAUCAUCUUGAUGGGUUACUUCAACCCAAUCAUGAAGUACGGCGAGGAAAAAUUGGUGGAGGACGCUGCCAAGGCCGGUGCCAGCGGUUUCAUUGUGGUGGACUUGCCGCCUGAAGAGGCUGUUGAGUUCAGAAGCACAUGUGCCAAACAUGGUCUCUCAUACGUUCCUUUGGUUGCGCCAGCAACUACCGAUGCCCGUUUAGCGGUGUUGGGCGAUAUCGCUGACCUGUUCAUUUACGUGGUCUCGCGUAUGGGCACCACCGGUUCCAACACUGCUGUUUCCAGUGGCAUUGCCACUUUAUGUGACCGUGUGCGUAAAUUUGUCGGCGAUAAGCCCUUGGCCGUUGGUUUUGGUGUGUCGACCCGUGAACAUUUCUUGACUGUGGGUGCCGCCGCCGAAGGUGUGGUGAUUGGCUCGAAGAUCGUGACGCUUUUGGGCGAGUCUGCUCCCGGUGAGCGUCGUGAAGUGGCGUUCCGCUUUGUCCGUUCCAUCUUAGGAGAGGACUUUUCUCGCGCCGAGCUUCCGCCAUUUGCCCCUUAUGCCCCACCUGCGAAUGCUUCUGUUCCCAAGCCGCUCUUGCAAGAGAGCCACCAGUACAGUCCACGUUUCGGUGCUUUUGGUGGCCAGUAUGUACCUGAAGCUUUGCACACCUGCUUGGCCGAGUUAGAAAAAGGCUUCGAGAGUGCCGUUGCUGAUCCACAGUUCUGGUCAGAAUUCAAAGCUUUGUAUCCUUACAUUGGAAGGCCAUCUUCUUUCCACAAGGCUGAACGCUUGUCUGCGCACGCUGGGGGUGCCCAAAUCUGGUUGAAACGUGAGGACUUGAACCACACCGGCUCGCACAAGAUCAACAACGCCUUGGCCCAGGUUUUGAUCGCACGUCGUUUGGGCAAGAAACGCAUUAUUGCCGAGACAGGUGCUGGCCAGCACGGUGUAGCUACUGCUACUGCAUGUGCCAAGUUUGGCAUGGAGUGCUGUGUCUUUAUGGGUGCUGAAGACGUGAAGCGCCAAGCGUUGAACGUUUUCCGUAUGCGUAUUUUGGGAGCUAAAGUUGUUGCUGUGACAAACGGAACACAAACUCUUCGUGACGCCACGUCGGAAGCCUUCCGUUACUGGGUGUCCCACCUAGAGUCCACACAUUAUGUCGUGGGACUGGCCAUUGGACCUCAUCCGUACCCUACAUUGGUGCGUACCUUCCAAAGUGUUAUUGGCCAGGAGGCAAAAGAGCAAUUCCAGGAGUUGUCAGGUGGCCGCUUACCUGAUGCCGUUGUGGCUUGUGUGGGUGGUGGUUCUAAUUCCACCGGUUUGUUCUCUCCUUUCGAAAAGGACACUUCUGUGCGUAUGGUUGGAAUUGAGGCUGGUGGUGACGGUGUCAACACCGACCGCCACUCUGCUACUUUGACUGCCGGUAUUCCAGGUGUUUUCCACGGUGUUAAAACGUACGUUUUACAGGACGCUGAUGGCCAGGUCCAUGACACUCACUCUGUAUCUGCAGGCUUGGACUACCCAGGUGUUGGACCUGAGUUGGCUUAUUGGAAGAGUACGGGCCGUGCUGAGUUUAGCGCUGUCACUGAUGCGCAGGCUUUGGAAGGUUUCAGAUUGUUGUCGCAGUUGGAAGGUAUCAUUCCGGCUUUGGAAUCUUCCCAUGCCAUUUACGGAGGUGUUGAGCUUGCCAAGACCAUGAAGCCUGACCAGCACAUUAUUAUCAAUGUUUCCGGGCGUGGUGACAAAGAUGUGCAAAGUGUUGCUAAGGCCUUACCAGUUUUGGGCGAGCAAAUUGGCUGGGACUUACGUUUCGAGGACGAUCCUUCAAAGUAA